UGUUGCAUUUACCGACACCCACGUCCUGUGACGCAAGAAUGUAAAUACAAUACCAAAUAGUUACAUCUCCAUAUUAAAAUUAUAGAGACAUAAGCCUUUUUUCUACACUUUUGCGGAUAUUGAGCUACGCCCACGCUACUUCCAGCGUUUCCGCAAAAUAAAAUUAAUUUUACUCUCACCCCAGACGCGGAGAACGCAUGCGUCAUAGCUUGACAUGCGCCUCGCGUGACACCUGUCAAAUACAUCCAGUCCGUGAAAAGGCGAACCCUUCGCUACACUGUUUGACGUCAUACAAUCUAAACUAAUCAAAUCUACAGCUGCAGUGCUGAAAAACAAUGUGAUUUAGAAGUCAAAUAAUCCGCCACCAUGUUCGAGGGCGCGGUAGCCGGCAUCCUCAACCGGCUGCUGGGCAAGUACGUCCAGGACCUGGACACGGAGAACCUGAACGUCGGCAUCUUCUCUGGAAAUGUCAACCUGACUGAAUUGAGACUUAAGCCUGAGGCUCUGUACGAGCUCGACCUCCCAAUCGAUGUCAAAAUCGGCACCAUCGGCCGAAUCAACCUCCAAAUCCCCUGGUCUGGUCUCUACACCCAGCCCGUCAUCGUCAACAUCGAAGACGUCCUAGUCCUCGUCGGCCCAGCCAUCUCCAACAGCUACUUCGACCCUGAACGUGAAAAACGACUCACUAGAGCAGCCAAAAGAAAAAUCCUCCAAGAUUUGGAAGCGGAGAGUGAGAUUCUCAAAGGCCCGCAGAAUUUCUUCGAAACUCUGUUCACGGCUAUAGUGAAUAAUUUGCAGAUUUACGUCAGGAAUGUUCAUGUGCGGUAUGAGGAUUCGAUCAGCUCGAAGGAUGGGCCGUUGGCUUGCGGGUUGUGUUUGCAGGGUUUGUCUAUCGAGACCACUAACAGCAAAUGGAAACCCUCAGUAACCCCAGCAAACGCAUCGACAGUGUACCAGAUGAUGCGCAUAGAAUCCCUCUCUCUCUACUGGAACCCAACAGCCACGGCUCUGGACGAUGCAGAGAUAGCCAACAUUACUCCUAUGCAGUAUUAUAACUGGAAGCAUUAUAUGAUGACUGGCCUGGAUAAGUUCUCUAUGCAUCAUGAGGAUUUUGAGUUUUUACUCAAACCAGUCACCUGCAAGGUAAAGGUUCUCAUUAACCGUUCGAGUGAAGCUCGCGUCCCUCGCUUGUUAUUGGACGCCAUGCUUCAAGACAGCGCAUUGCAGUUGUCAAGACGACAGUUUUUGUCUAUUGAUAAUCUGAUGUCUUCAUUCCAUAGGAUACAGUUAAACAGAAAAUACCGUCACCUUCACCCCGGCGUGCCGCUAUUCAAAGACACCAAAAAAUGGUGGCGUUACGCCUACAACGUGGUAGUCGAACAACGCGUAAGACCUUACACCUGGGCGUCCAUUCAGAAGCAUCGAGCCAACUACAAUAACUACAAGCAGACUUAUAAGAGUACGUUGAGGAGUCCUCAUGAUACGGAGCUCAAGUUGGACCUACAGCAGUGUGAGGAUAGCUUGCCGAUUAUAUCGGUGGUUAUAGCUAGGGAACAGGCUAAGUAUGAGCUGCUUUCUCAAGAGCCAGAUCGUAUCGAGGUGGUUGAGUCAGAGUUUGACUGGUGGCGGAGCGUAGAAGAGGAACCACGAGUUGAAUUAUGUGUCAAGACUGAACGAAAGACACUGUGGAGUCAUCUCUCUAGCCCUGAGCGGAAGAAGGUUUGCGAGCUAAUAGGUUAUGUUGAAGGAGCGCCCAAGGAUAAGUCAAAACAAUAUAUUGAGCACAAACUAAACUUAACACUAGCAAACUGUUCAUUGACUCUCAUGAAUAGAAACAAGGAAGUGUUGGGUGUGACACUCACACAGUUCUUGGCGUCGUUGGAAACUAGACCUUCAGCUAAAGCUUACAAGCUCUCAGCCCGAGCAGAAAGCAUAGUGAUGGAAGGGCUGUCCUCCGACGGUGAACUGGUGCCUCUACUCACAGCAGAGAAAGGUUCCCCUACCAGUACGAAUCUACUAGCUUUGGAUGUAGAGAAGAAUCCAGCGAGUAGCGAGGCGGAUUAUGGGUUAUGUUGCUUGUUGGAGCCGGUUGAAGUGACUUAUGUGGAGCACGCGUUCACCGAGCUGAUAAACUUCUUCCAAACCCACUCAAUGACGUCAGAAGAACUAUUCGAAGAGUUAUCGCACGCCACCGACAAAGCGGCGGUCAUGGGACGAUCAGUUCUGGCUUAUGCUGUGAGCAGGAAGAAGAUGUUCCAUGUCAAUGUUGAUGUGAAGGGCCCGUGUGUUAUUGUGCCGGAAUAUGGGUGUGCUAGCAAAACUGGUAAACUAAUGGUGGUGGACAUCAGCCGUAUCAUCAUUAAGUCCGAUCUUCAACCUUCGAACUUGGCGCUGGAAGACGCUACGUGUAUGGAGUUGGAAGAGAGGCUAUAUGACAGGCUUCAUGCUGAGUGCUCUUGUCAGGUUCUAUUCUGCGAAGGCGUUGAAUCCUGGCGCGAGGCACGACGCCAAACUGACUCGGAACUCCAUCUGGUACCGCGUAUGAAGGCUCAGGUCGUCUUCUCAAACAGCAUUAAGAAGGACUACAAAUUGCUACCAAGAUACAAACUGAACAUAUCCCUCUCAAGCGUAAAACUGAACCUAUCUCAACGUAUCAUCGCUUCCCUACUGGAUUUCCUGGACAACUUGCCCGUGCCCGUGCCGAACACCGUUCCCGUUUCAUUCAUGGACUCUGGGGAUUAUGCUGAGGAGCUUGAGGAGCCGGAGAUGACGGCGAUGAUGAAGGAUAAGGUGCCGUGUGAUCCAGGGCAUGACGAGUUGGUUAGACUGCGUCAGAAGAUUGUAGCUGCUUAUUUGAGUAAAAACAAGGUACCAGAGUCGACAUUCGACCGAGCCGGCGCGAAGCUAGGCUUCCAAGAGUCCAAUCAAGUGUUCAUAUCAUCAGAACAUAGUGACGAAGAGAUGGAGGUGUACGCUCGUUCUGUGGACCUGCCUGGUUUUGAUGAUAAUGUGUCGCCAAGUAACAGUAUAAAUACGUUGCUGAGAUUCGUAGUUGGUGAGGUCGUGGUCAACCUCUCCCGUUCGACGAGAGAAGACAAGGACCGUCCGUACGUGCUGCUAAGCAUCAGCAAGGUCUGCCUCGACGUGGCUCUGAUGCAAUACGGGCCCGCCGUGCAGCUGUGUGUCACUCAGGCUUCAUUGCUGGAACAUACUGACGCAGGAGAUGUACUGCUGCUCAGCAGUUCGGGGGAACUGCUCAACCUACUAUAUAGGAAGGUGCGUGCCGACUGCCCGGACUUCCGUAGCCACUUCCACAGCGUGGAACAGAGCCUAGUGGGUGAUACGGGGCCUAUUGCCAUGUCCCUCAACGCACAGGGACUUAAAUCCAUGGUGCACUAUCUACAUUGUAUUUAUGAUGAAAUUCAAACUCGACACGAGUUGAACCUGAAGAAAGCCCUGCUGCCAAAGACCAAAUCUCUUUGGGACUAUCUGAUGCAACCUGAAGCGGACCCGCCUGUGCCUUCUGGUGCCACCAAAUUCAGCUACUCUGUCAGGGUCUCUUCAGCCUCAAUAAAGCUGAGUCACCAACACGGCGCGUUGUUAGAACUCAGAAUAUGUGGAUUGGAAAGUGACUGUGUGUUCCGUGCUAACGAUAGGAUGAUAUUCAAGCUAUUCCUCGCCUCUGCUCAUCUAGAUGACUUGGCCGGAGCUACGUUGUAUCCUAAGCUAAUGUGGCCGGAUGAAGACAGAGUGCUCGAGUUGAAAUAUGUUCGCGCCGCGCCGCGUUAUUACGGACGGCAAGAAUUGAAAUCUCAUGGCGAGUUGAGGAUCCAUCUCGGGAGAGUGCAGCUGGUGUUGUUGAACUGUGCUUUACAUCAAUUGCAGCAAUUCCUCGAACCACUAAUACCAUCCAGUGUGGCUACGGAGGCCGCCAUAGCAGCAGAGAAAGCCGCUGAGCGGCAAGCGCGUGGCAUUAGGACCUGGAGCGCGCGGCUAAAUCUUGUUAUAGAGCUCCACGCGCCUGUACUUUUGCUGCCUCAGAAACCAUCUUCGCCAAACUUACUUGUCCUGAACAUGGGCGAUCUUCAGAUAGAGAACUUCUUCAAGCAAGUAACUCGGGACGCGUCAAGUCCUAUACAGAGCCCGGUGAUAGACAACAUACUUGUCACGCUGACCAAUGUCACGUUGUCACGCGCUGUAAUGAGCCUCGCCGGGACACUGGAAGUGCAGGAACCAAUCCUCGAGCCUGUCUCUCUCCGUUGCGACCUGAAACGAGCCGUCUCCUACCAGCAACAGUGUGCGAGCCACCGAGAUCUUCUUUUAUGUGACGCCCAUGUCACUAUGGACACGGUGGUUAUGAACCUGGGACAUAAGGAUCUGGCUACGCUUCGGGCUGUCUGGACUGAUAACUUGAGCGAGGCCAGAUAUAUUGAUAGCAUCAUACCAAGCUCGCCAGUAGAAACGCAACCAAGUGAUGCAUCCGUCAAGAAGUUGCAGGCCUUCUUCGCGCAGGGCGAGCCGAUACGAAAGGAGGCUGUCGUUAGAUUCACACUGGAAGGCAUCGAAUUAAAGCUGUUCUCCGACAUGGACGAAGUGCUAUCCUCUCCAGUACGAGACUUGAACCAUGGACUAGCCAAACUGACUGCAGGAGAGGCGGCAGUACAGCUUGACUUCUUCUCUGAUAGUAGUACGGAAAUGAGGGCUAGUCUACAGAGCUUGCUGGUUGAGGAUAUCAGGCCAGAUCCUGGGAUUGUUAUAGAGAAAAUAUUCCAAUCCCAAUGCUACACAAGCCGCGCUUCUACCGGUAUCUCCGUGUGCCGGCCGCCCCUCAUCGAUGCCACCGUCCGGAUGACUGGAGCUAGAGGCACAAGUUGCGACGUCAGAGUGGACAGGACACGAAUCAACUUGUCCGUCCCGUUCUUGAUGGCUCUGUGUCGAGCGCUUUUGGAAGCUGCUCCAGGUGAAAGAAGCAUGGAAGGCGGCGUUGUCAACCACGGCUACGUAGGUGAACACGCGAAAGGCAACAAUAACCGGCCUGCGAGAUUCCCUAGUUCUAGUGAUUCUACAAGCGGAUACUAUUCUGCAGCCACGUCAGUACCUGAAGAAUCUCCCGGCCUAUCCAUCUCCAUACAGUUACGUCAGCCAGAAGUGAUGUUCUUUACGGACCAGGGCAAGUCGGAGGGCCACGCGUUACUGCUUCGCACUGAAUUGCUUAUUGACUAUUCGAGCCAUUCGAGUACUGAGAACUUCGUGAUUUCACUAGCAGGUCUCCAAAUAAUGUCCAAACUGCAGUCUAAGCUGAAGAACGUCCCACCUCAAAUAGUUCUGAAGCCGUGCGACCUCGAGUUCUCCAAGAGCUUCAAGAAUAUUGAGGAAGGGGUGAAGGUGAACGUUAAAAUUUCGGAGAUAGAAGUGCAUCUCGCGGCUACCACCGUUCAUACUGUAGUAGAUAUAAUGGAAGAAAUCCAGUCAGAGCUGUCGAUUCCUGACUGCGAGCCGUUCAACUUUUCGACCAAUCCUAAAUUUGAGAGGCAAGAUGACGAACUCUGGGCUCCCAAGAAGAUAGCACCCUACGUCAUUGUCAACCCUGAAGAUAGUUACGUACAGCCAAAAUAUCCGGCAGUCAAAGUGCAAGAGAGCUUCAGCAUGGUGGUGCCAAGUGUGAGAGUGCUACUCGAAGUUGAGCAGACUGUACGCGUUCCUGUAUUGAUGUUCAAGUUAACCGGCGAAUUAACGCUCCAUGACUGGUCACGCGCACUCCACGGCGGGGCGAGUCUUACAGCGCACGCGUCGUGCUACAACGACCGACUGGAUUGCUGGGAGCCGCUCUUGGAACCAGUCGUUUGUGAGGAGAACGUUUACCGGCCUUGGGAGCUCACUGCGAGCAUAUUCCAGGCGAAGGCGUACCCGAUGUCAUCUCGCCUGGACACGACCAUUCAAAAAGAAACCGAUGCCGAGACCUUCACAGAUGGAGCGAAACGUACGAGAAAGCGUAACGAGUUCGAAUCCGAAACGUCUGCCGAUGAAGACAAUACGGACAACGAGAUGACGUUUAUAAAGAACCCCCAAGGAAACAGAAAGGACGCAGAAUACAGCGGGAACAUGUCGUUCCUCAACGCUUUGGAUGUAGAUGAGUCUGACUCGGAGAACGAGAACGGACUUAUGGAUAAACUGGCGACGGCUAUGGGACAUCUGUUUACCGACGAUUCAAGUGCUGAAGAACUAAGCAACGAUUCGGACUCGUCUGCGCCUGAACAGAGCGACGGAGAAACUGACAAGGAGGUCGAUAAGACUGUCUCUUUCAUCGACGGAGAGAGGAAAGAGAGGACUGUGACGGUUCAGGACCCCAUCCGCCAAGACAGCGUAGACUCCGGCCUCGAAUCAGAGAGCAUCGAGCGUCUCUGCACAUACAUAGUGAUCGAAGGGCGCUCGGCGCUGAAAAUAACAGCGCACGCGGCGCUCGGUCGAGCGCUGGCUGCGCUCAGUGUGGAUAGGACGGCUUGUGUGGGUGCUAUUGUAACACCACCUCAACAACUGACGCUUACUAAUGAUAUACAGCCGGGCUCCACCGUACACUUGAAGACACAUUCGGAGACAGACCUCGCGGGAAACGAUCGGGUACUCAUCGUGGCAGAUUAUGACGUCGAUAGCAGCAGACCCAGCACACCAGGAUGUGAUACAUCAUCGGCAGAUAUGCUGGAUGAUGCAGCCGAAUUGAAACCUGAAACGACUGACGUCAGUGAUGAUUGGGACUGCUUGGAAGGUGGAUUUCCGUCAUCAACUCUAGAGACCAAACCCACGACUUGGCAUUCCCCGUUAUCGCCACCGCCGGACGCCCCGAAGCUACAUCGACGGCUUACCGACAAGACACUCACUAUCAAACUGCAUGAUUUGGACGAGCUCACGAUUCCGUGCCCCCAGCGCACCGUGUCGAAGUUGCAUGUGCUACACCCGAGCAGGAAUGGAACCCGCUACUAUAUUGUUGUCGAGCGGACCUCCAGCUAUAACCAGCAGAAAAUAGUCGUGCGGUCACCUCUGCAGCUCCGCAACGAAACCUCCUACCCACUAGAGCUAUUCUACAAAAAAACUGACUUGCAAGCAAUCGGCGCCGAGCUGAUCGGAUCAGUCAGCAACCCGUUCGACGAUAAGAUGCGGUUGGCGUGUGUGGCGCCGCAAGAUACCUACAACGUGCCGCUGUAUAUCGCGUACCAUUGCAAGUUGUUCCUGCUGCCCGUGCUCGCUGACAAUUACCAAACCUCAACUCAAGGCAUCUGGUGGAUGGAGCUGGCCAAAGACCUGGGCAGUCCAAGGGAUAUAGUAUGUCCGUCUAAGUCCGACGAAGACUCCAAAGUUUUCGCCAUGAGGAUACUUACAGUCGAAGGCUGCCCCUCCCCAAAAAUAACCCGCUCCAUCCCCAACUACCUAAUCCGGGUCCUCCCCCCAUUAGCCGUCUACAACCGUCUGCCAUACGCCUUAGAGCUUACCUGCGGCGACAUAAGUAUGAGGGUGUCAGCGGGCGAGCGCACACACACGCACGCACUGGAGUUAACACAAGCCCAUCGGUUGAGUGUGCACGUGCAGUAUAUGGGGCUGCCGUGGACUGGCAGCUUUACUCUUUCUCCAGAUGUGACCGAAAAGAACAUAACAAUGAGUACCGAGUGCGACACCCAGGGCGGGAAUAAACAGUUGGGAAUCAGGGCGUGGCUGCGGCGCGCGGAUUGCUGGCAGCUACAUCUUCAUGCGCCAUAUUGGAUCAUCAAUAAGACCACACUACCUUUGCAGCUUAAGGGUAGCCAUUCAGACACGGUGUACGAAGUGACAGAUGAGCCCCUCCUUUGGUCGCCGGCGCGGCGGCAUCGGCAAGCCGACAAGCUAAGGCUGCGCGCGCACCAGUCUGCGUGGUCUCGUGCUUGCCGCGCUGCCGCCGCUGCGCCGGGCCUUAUAGUCUGCGCGCACACUGAAAGAAAGAUGAACUAUAGGAUCCUACUCAAUGUAACGCUCUCCGAACUCUGCCCCCAACUGACCAAAAUCGUGACCCUCCUACCAUAUUUCCUCGUGUACAACGACACUAAACGCCAUUUGCGAUUCAUGGAAGAGAAUGAAGCUGCAGAUCUGUGGAUAGACCUGGCACCCCAGCAGUGUACACCGUUCUGGCCUCAGACGGACUCCAUGGCCAUGCACUGCAAGUACAGGGACUCGGGGGUCGUGAGUCAACAUUUCCCGAUUACGAAGAAUCAUUUUACGGUGCUCAGAAUGGAUAAGGGGUCAGCGAUCACAGUUGAAGUGACAGGAGGUACCGACCGGCCGUUCACGAUCACAUUCAAGCCGUAUACGGCGGGCGACGCGCCCGUCCGCAUAGACAACUUGUGUGACGACCUGUUCCUAAAGCUACAUCAAAAAGAUUCUGGCCAGGUGGCUCUGCUAAGUCCAUACCAGUCCAUGCUGUAUACGUGGGACGACCCAAGCAAAGAGCGGCAGUUGAUGUGGAACAUAUACAACAAUAAGGGAAAAGGAUAUAUCGCGGAUUUCAGCCAGGAUGGUAACGGCGAACAGAAAGUAAGCUUCCAUUCAGUCAAGCACUCCACCCUGGUCGCCACCAGCAGCGUCACCUCCAAACUGUCUUCAACCCUCAAACGGCUCACCCCCAAAUCUCCAGAACCCUGCACCUCCAGCUCUGACGACUCAGAAAACGAACAACCCGACCCUCAUAAGAAAAAGAUGAGGAAAGAUAAAGUUAUCGUCUACUGGAUAUCAUACAUGGAAGGGUUACAAAGAGUCUUUGUAUUAGCUCAAGAUGAGAGAAUAGCCUAUCAGUAUAAAAUGAGAAUUAAUUCAGAAAAGAGCGAUUACGAAGUGUAUUUAUCUUUAGCAGAAGUCAGUUUGUCAGUCUGUGUUGACACAAAACUUGGAGUAAAGGAAUUAGCUCAUCUAAGUGUGACGGAUUCCCUCCCGCGAUGGGAAGUCAAUGUUAGCCAUAAAUGGAAACAGUUGUCCCCUGACUUAACAGCGUGGAUUGAAGAUAAAUAUCAAACUGAGCAAAAGAAAUGUCAGUUGAAAGAAUACAUUCAUAUAGACUUGGAAAAAAUGCAAAUGACCAAACCAUUCUUCUCGGAGUUACGAAGAACUUAUAACCCUGGUGUUUGGAUACAGCUGAGGAAAUCUGACACAUUAACGUACUGCCAUUUGAAGUUACAGCGACUACAAAUAGAUAACCAGCUAAGCGAAGCUGUAUUCCCUAGUGUUUUAUACCCAGCACCUUUGCCAAACGCACGUUCGACCCGCGGUCCUAAACCAAGUAUAGAACUAGUGGCUUUAAAACAGCACAGACCCGCUUUGAACCAAGAUGUAUACAAAUAUUUAAAAGUUUUAGUUCAGGAGCAUUAUGUAAAUUUAGACAGAGGUUUUGUGAACUACGUAUUUGAUAUUUUGAACCAUUGGAAACUUGAAGAGAAACCUGCUGUGAGACUAAGAGCUGAUUUGGCUUUGGUUCAUAUGCCUUUACCGAUCAUAGCUCUUAAAUCUCAGACUAGCGCUCAGAGAAAUAUUAUUUUUGAGUUUGUGCACUUGUCGCCGAUAAAAUUGGUGUUAAGUCUGUCUUCUAGAGGGUAUUCGGGGGAGAACCCUAACAGUCCGACGCGGACUAGGUUCUGUAGUAAGAAGGAGAAUCGGCCUAAGCUGUUCAACAGUGAUCUGUUGGAGUAUUUGUUUAAUUCGUGGGGAUCCUCGUUGUGUGACAUGAAGGAUGUUGUUUUAAGGAUGGCCUACCUAGAGAUCCGAAACGCCCCUAUCACCCCUACAGCUCUCAUCGACACAGCGUCUCGCUUCUACUGGACGCAACUAGUACAACAAUUCUACGUGUUGGUCCUCGGUCUGAAUAUACUGGGAAACCCGUACAGUACUAUAGGAGAUUUCUGCCGCGCUAUGAAGCAUUAUUAUGAACCUUACCUGGUAAGUAUUAGAAACUACGCUUUCUUCGGCACAGUCUGCGGUAGACAGGCGGACCCGUCGGCGCGGCUGGAGCUGGGCGCGGCGCGGCUGCUGCGGCAGGCGGCGGGCGCCGCGCCCGAGCUGUUCCCCGCCGCGCCCCAGCGCCGCCGCCACGUUGAAGACGGUGCGCUAAGCAACGACCUGCCAGAGAAGGUUCUAGAAGCAAGCCGCAGCCACCCGGCCAGCGUAGCUCUAGCUCUUUCUGGACUUGUUGCGAGACCUAGUGUCGAUGGCGAAUAUCUUGUUUUGCGACACAUAUGCCGAGAAGCGAUGCGCGUCGCCGCCGGCAGUGGCGGGGCGAGCGCACUCCGCGCAGUGGCCGAGCGCGCUGGACAUAGACUUGUGGCGCGAGCGAGGCUGCCGCGACACUGCUCCAAUACUGAGGGUAUCCGGCCAUAUUCCCACCACGAAGCGCUGGGUCUUCAGCUGCUGACGCUACUGGGGCGUGGACACUACGCGGACACGGACACGUACCUAGCCCACGCACAUCUAGCUCCAACUAACUGCAGUCUACUGAUAUCCACGCAACAUAUCUUCAUGGUCCGAGCCGGCGGCGCGAGCAACUCGUGGCAUAUCGAGUGGGUGCUCAAGCUAGACGACAUCAUCGGAGCGCCCACUGUCAGCGGGGAUAAACUCAUACUUAAUGUUAAACAGGACGAGAUGGUAAACUACUUCUCAACGGACGAGAAGGCGAUAGAAGUCCCAGACCCCGCUGUUCUCGAGUGGCUCCGUGCGAAGAUUGAAUGUGCACUAGUAAUGGCGUUGGAAGACAAGCGGUGUCCUACCGAUUAAGGUUAUUGGUAACUUUUCGUAACAGUGCAAACAUGGUA